UAGCGUAUACGUAUCUCACAUCUACAUUAGAAAAUGAUGUAAAUACUGACUACUCUGAGCGCUGAAACUGCGGACUCAUGGAAGCGUUGUAACUGCGAAGAGCCAAAAGUUUCCCAGAGUGACCGCGACAUUAGCCGAGUAGUCUUCGCCCUCUUGUGGCAUGGCUGAUGUACGAUGUUUCGGUGUUACAAGAAUAUAUGUAUUCUGUUCUAUUCCUUGUAAAAUACAUUAUUCUUGUUCGCUGGCAAGGUCACACGGAAAAUUUCGUACACAUUGCAGUUUUAACUAGUAUAUGUAAAGUAUGUACAUUGAGGACGACAGGAAGUUGUGAGGGUGUGAAUAGGCCUUCAUAUCUCCGUUUUCAUCCAAAACGUUAUAAAAAACGAAAUACAUUUCACAGAACGUGAUCGCUACACCAUUUUUCCAGAAAUUUUAUCACCUCAUUUGAUUUUUUUAAAAACCGGACGCUCCCCUUCCCCUCUCUGGCUGCUUCUCGACAGGAUACACUUUCCUCCACACGCCGUCUACUGCUCAGUUUUCAGUGGACCGCCUGUGUUUGCAGAUGCGUUAAGGGAUUCCACCGACAGACACACGGAUGUGCUUUCUUAGAAUAUAGGGAAACGAAGCUUUAUGGCCCUGUUUUGCCUCAUAAGUCAUACUGUCAGAAAAUAAAUAAAUGAAAAACGCGGGAAAGGCUAAUUGUGGCAGACCUCUUUAAAGUAAACAAAAUGGUGUGCAUGUAUAGUUUUCCAUAGAGAUUUAGAAGCUUCAGCGCGGAGAUGCAGCCUUCCCCUCCAUCGCGACCCGCUGCCUUACAGACGCAUUCAAAUCACGUUUCUCAAAAUGGCAGCAACUUGACAUUCACAGAGCAGGAUCGAUGCUUGCUACGGCUGCAGAAGAUAAUGAAGCGUGAUGCGAGAGACGUUUUGCACUAUGUCUUCCUCCUGGGUACUCGGGAUCGGGACGUCACUAAGCCCCUGGACAGUUACUUGUUCAGUCUCGGCUUCACUGUGCAUCAACUGAGAGCCAGAUUCAACAAGUCGCAGCGAGAAAAAUUUCUUUCGGACUACGAUGGACACAGCUAUGACGUCAGCCUCCUUUGGACUUGCAUCAUGCUCACUUGCUUCCGCCACGAUCCGAAGCUGUUCUGGGUCACGUCGUAUUUGGAAAGUCUCAUCUCAGCUAUCAAGAAUUUUAGGAAUACGAUGAUGCAUGACGGGUUCACGGGCAGCCAGACGGAUUUCAUGCAGGAAAUGGAAAAGAUUCGGAAGACGUUGAUCGAAAUUCUUACGACAGCGGGGGAGGUUUAUGGCGUUGAUGACCAAACCAUAAGUCAAAAGGUCCAGAAUCUGAACUUGAGCAUUAAUAAGGUAAGGGACGAUUCGUUUGAUAGUUGGGAUAUAACAAGUUACCAGAAUGAAAACCUCUUUAGUCUCAAGCUGGAGAUGAUUCUCUCAGAUGGUGUUCAAGAACUAAGGUCUCUCUACUCGCAGUGGUCCUGUGUCACUCCUGUUACGUUUUUAUUCGAUGACAUGCAGCUGAAAGUCGAUGCGAUUUAUACCUCUCUCAGUAUUGUAAAAGGAGGUCCUGAGGGAUGCAACCAGGAAAUCAAUUAUGAAGAUAUAAUCCAGUAUGCACAAACCUCAAACACACAGACAAGUUUAAGCAACGUUGCUCAAAUAAUUCUUCUUGAAGGAGUUUCUGGGUCUGGAAAGAGUACCCUGGCGAAGGUCCUGAUGUCGCAAUGGAUCGCGAAGAAGAGCGCAGUCAAGGGCCUGGCCGACUUCGACUUACUGAUUUAUGUGGAAUGCCGGAACUCUUCCUUGACCACUUUCUCGCACUACCUCUCUUCCCUCAUGCCCAAGACGGCGAGCAGUUUCAUGCUGGACGACCUGCUCAAAUGUGUCUUGAAUCUCCGACUACUCAUGAUUGUUGAUGGUCUGGAUGAACUUAAUGAAAAUUCGUCAUCGUUUCUUGCAGAAAUCUUGCAACUUAAGAGGACUGUAGACAUUACAAUUUUCUGUACAACUCGACCAGAAAAAGUGAAACAGUUUUGGAAAUUGGUUCCCGAGGGAUUUCAGGUUACCUCUCUUGUGAUUAUGGGUGUUCCUGAAAGCAGAAGGAUAGACUUUGUGCUUAAAUACUACAAUGAAAUGAAGAAAACCCACACUAUCCACAACACAGAAGGCCUAACAAGGUUUCUAACAUCAUCGAGCCUCAGAGACCACUGGAGAUUGCCACUUAAUUUGAUGCUCGUGGCUAUGCUGUGGGCAAAGUCGUCUGGUUCGAAGGAAGACAGUCUUUCAACAACUACUAAACUAUACAUUGAAUUUCAGCGCAUAACAAAGGAGAAGCUCAUAUGUAGAAUCAAAGGGAAUGAGAAGACCCGGCAUCUAGAAAACCUAGAAGAGAAGCUAGAGAAAUUUCUUAGCACCUUGUACUGGGAAGCACUUCGUAGCCUCGGGCAUGAUGACAUAUUCUUACCAGACGAGUCGACAAGCAGGCUCCGUGAUGCAUGUAUUUCAGUCGGUUUGCCCUGUGAAGAAGUUUUUGGUGCAUUUUUUAUGCAGAUGAACACAUGGACUUCAAGUGGACCUCACACACGCACCAGUUUCUUCCAUAAGGGGAUGCAGGACUUCUAUGCUGCAUUAUUCAUCUUGAAGAAACUAAAUAAUGAAAUGACAAAUGUCUCAGCCUUAAUUCAAGGAUUCCAGAAUGUCAUGGCUUUACAUAAUAUUCAAGACGAUGUUCGUCAAGAAAUCACAAAAACUGUGUCAGAUAUAUUUACAAAAUAUACGACGUUACCCAGUACAUCUCCCUCAUCAAGAAACACAAAUAUGGGAUAUUCUAAUGGCAAAUGCAAUUAUGUGAACUGUAGUAGCAUUUCAUUCUCAGAAUCACCUGUCAAUGAAAUUUCCCUUAAGCUAGAUAAAGACAAAGACUGUAGUGCAAAAGAGAAAAAUCAAGAGAGCACAUAUGCCCAUUUUGACGAUAACGUGGCAGGGGUGACAACUAACACGGUUGGGGACUCUGUAGAGAAUCUUUACAAGGAAAGUACAGUAAGUAAGGAAUAUACCGAGCCUGCUUCUGAGAAGAAGGCUAUUCGUAGUAAAAAGCAAGGAGAACGAAAUAUAAAAACUUUAAUUGCAUCAAAAACUUUAUGCUUAAAAGCUAUCAUGACGUUCACAUCUUACAUGCCAACGGCAGCUUCAACAUCUGAGGUGAAGAGAGAUUCUGCGACGCAAAGGACAAUGGACACUUCAACACCACGUUGCUGGAGCAUUGCAAGGACUUUAGAAGAAUUAAGCCAAGGCAAAAUUAAAUACUGUACUAUGAAUAAAUAUCAGAAUAUGCUGUUGCACCUAGGUGGGUUACUACACAACACUUCAGGGAAGUUGGAGAGGGAAAUAGCAGAGGAACUUGUCACCAUGUUAGUUAAGAGUAACUUGCAAAGCAGGAGGCAGUGGAUCGAUUUGUUGUCAGAGGUGGAGUGCGAUGAUGAAACUACUUGUGCUGUGGUCCGACACGUGCCUACACUUGUUAAUGGUCUGGUGGAGGUGGAAGACACGACUGUUGAUGUCUAUGCUGCUUUGCUUCGGCUGGGUUGCCCAUCUGCAGUGAAGAUACGAAUCAAAGGGGACGCCGAGAAAAUCCCUCGCUUACACAAUUUACUAAAAGUCUUGGCAAAUGAAAGGACUCCUUUGAUGCUAUAUUUCUGGAAAGAUUUUCAACAUGCCAGGCACUGUCAAUAUCACAAUGACAUGGCACACGAUGUUUUCAGUCGAUGUCAUGUGACAAAAUUUUCCGGUUGCUUGGAUCGUCGCACAGCUACUUGCCUUCCCAACACACUCGAGGGCCUCUCGCUGGCCAUCGUGGACGACCAGCACUACAAGGAACUGACUCCAGUCUUCACGGGACUCCUCUCGGCUGCGCCUCGACUCUGCUUCCUGUGGUUGCACAUUACUACUAGUACUGAUUUCUCCAUUCUGCAACCGCUGCCACAUAUACGGGACAGCCUUCGCCUCUACCUGAGCCAUGUGGGGGACAGUGACAUCAAAUGGGUUGCCAAGACAUGCCUGGCCCUCAAACCUCCCUCUAAGGAAUAUACCAAUCUGAGAUUCCCUCGGAGUGACCUCACUACAAAGGGCUGCAGGAAGCUAGUUCAAGCUCUGAAGAAAGCACAGGUGAGACUGGCCUUCGGAGGGGUAUGGGUGUCCUCGGCCAAAAUUCUGCAUGAAGAGGAGGAGGACGUGGAGCGCAGUCUGAAGACGACUUGCAAAGAUAUCCUGGGCUGCAAUUUCCGCCUGACAACCGAGGAUGAGAUAUGGUCCAGCUAGUGAUAAUAAGAAUACAUGGAGAUAUUUUAUCAACACACACACACACACACACACACACACACACACACACACACACACAUAUAUAUAUACAUAUAUAUAUAUAUAUAUAUAUAUAUAUAUAUAUAUAUAAUUAUAUAUAUUGUAUAUGUCGGGUUCAUAUUUUUAAUUUUCUGCCGCCAACAUUACGACACACACACACACAUAAAAGAAAUCUAAUAUUGUGAAAUUAGAAAUUAAUGUUGUCACCUCUGAAUCUGAUUAAUCCUCUAUAUGAACAAUCAAUUAGUAGCAGUGCCACCAUUUGGAUUUUGUUUUAAAAUAAAGGAGGUACUCCGAAAACCCCCCUCUCUAUUUCAUUAUGGUAUCAGUUUGGUAACUGGCACGGCAGUCUAGGCAAAUGUGGGGUGGCUGGUUCUUCUCAGUGGUUGGUGAUAUCAAUUAAGUAUGGUCUAGAUAAAGAAUGCUCCUGCAAAAUAAGUGGUCAUGAAAUCAAAUUGAAACUUUUCAUACUGGAGGACAGAAAAAAAUUAAUACAAUUCCAAAAUCAUAUCUUAGCCUAAGUAUGUUAGAUACGAAAAAUAUCAAUUGUACUCUGUAUAAAAGAAUAUAUAUAACAUUUUAGAAAGACACCGGUUACUGGUUAACACAGUUGUUUGGCUGCUUAGGGACAAUAUAUAACAUUCCCUGCCCUUGCACUAUUAUUUCACACUUCCCGGACAUGCUACUACUACUAUUGAGGUUUAAUUUCUUUGCCUCUUUUGUCUUGAUAGACAUUCACCUGUAAGCGACAUCUUGAGGCCAAACGCAGGUAUCGUAGGGUGAUUACCUGGCAUCCCUUGCCAGUUUUCAGAUGCCGCUGCAAUCUUAUGACUGCGCCAGUGAGGUUUUCGGCCAGCGCAAACAUUUCUGGCAGGCCAUGUUCCUUUCUGGAUGCUGUCCUGGUUCAGGAGGUAGCCUGUCCUGCACUGGACCUGCCCUAUGACUACCAGCAUUGGUUCCUCCUCAAGGUUGAGUAGUGUCUUGUCCCGCCUGGCUCCUUGUGGUCCCUGUUGACUCUACUAGUUUCCGUCCUCACUUGGUCUGUUGUCCCUCGCCCCUCUCCUGUUGUUACUCAUUUCUGCCCCAAAAACCUCUACCUCAAACCAAAGUGCACUGGUGCUUUACCAUGAAUUUUAAAAGUACUUGCUGAUCAGCAUAAGAUAUCAGAGACCAUACUUAAAAACUCAAAAUAUCUCUUCUGAUUAGUAAGACCAAGCCAACACUGCUGCCAACCAAAUGUCAGGUUCAUAUUUUAAAAUUUUUGCCGCUAACAUUAUGACUCGCAAAAAGAAAGAAAAAUAAAAUGUAAUAUUGUGAAA